AUGGCUACUAAAGUUCAAGCAAAUGCAUUUUUGCCCGAAUUUCAUUCGGUGGUCGAUCUUAACGGGAGCGCGAACAACAGUGUGGGGCCCACAUAUCACGGUUAUAAUGACUCCAUGUUACAAACUGGCUCGAAUUUCAUGCGUAAAGAUGGUUACUUGUUACGUGACCUCGAAAAAGUGAGAAGGACUAUGCUCGAGCACGAAUCGAUUUUCAGAAAUCAGCUUCGAGAACUGCACCGUCUCUAUGGAAGACAACGGGAGCUAAUGAACGAAAUCAAAUCAAGAGAACUUGAAAAGGACGAUUCUUCGAAGGAUAAUAAAAGUAUACCCAUUUUACCCCCGGCCAAGAACACCCGAAGCUUGACUACUCACGAGCCUCGGUUGCUCACGAGCAGUAUUUUCCUGAAAGAAACCGACAACCUCGGACAUUUGGACAGUAGAGAUACUAAAUUAUCUCUUGAUUUGUAUGUAAAAAGAACCAAUUGUCAUGGAGACUCGAGUGAAUACGAUUAUGGGAAGAAAAAGAUUUCUGAUAAUCUCAUGCUUUCGGGAGGGGAAAAAUCUCCAAAUCCGUGUUUGGGCUUUAAUCUUGCGAUGAAAGAUUUCUUUCAAGCUUCCUCGGAUAACAAGAAUGAAAAGAAUGGAAUCAAGCAUUCAUCUUAUGGCUCGACUGAGAAGUGGAGAUUUGACACACAUUCUUCCGUUGAAGGCCUUCAUUUCGGAACAUCACAGUUAGUCGACACGAGAAAAGAACUUUCGCAUUGUUUGUACACCCGAACAUCAGUGUCUCGGAAGAAAAAGAAAAUUUUUGGGUUCGAAAUUUCUGAAGGCUAUGAUGAAUACUGCACAUUCAAUGCGGCUGCUGACAUUUCAAAUAUCGAACCUCGUGGAGAAAAAAAUGAUGUAAUUGCCUCGUACAAAAAUGGAAAAUCGAGUGCAGAUUUAAAUGGCAAAAUAACACGGGAAAAUGGGUUUUCCCGCCACUUGGGCAUGAACCGAGAUUGGCUGCAAAGCCAGAAUUCAACUGGAAUAAAUUCGGAAAAUGUUCCAUGUCACCGUACCGAGAAUAUUCAAAGAAAAUUUUUCAAGAAUUCGGACAGCAUGAAUUCGAACUCGGCAGAUUCUCUACCGUGGUUUCUUAAGAAUCUGCAUAAUACUUGUGAUACAAGCAAAAGCAAGAAGAGUUCAUAUUUCAUGAACAUUGAUUCGUUGCAGAGUUACUCGGAGAAUUUUUUCGGAAAAGCUGACGUGGCAGCGAAAGGCAAGUUUCCAAAUUUGGAGCCAGAAAACAAAAUCUUGCCACCAAACAUUUCCCGGGAUGUCGAAAAUGCGACUCAGACAGAGGAUACUGUUCACAACAAAAGAUUAUUAAGUAACUCAAAUAUUGACCUCAACUUGUCCAUGGAUCUCGAUUUAGAGGCUCCAGCCAUUAUCGAACCCGAACCGUAUCCAAACCAGAAGAAUAAUCCCGACGAGGAACGCGAUAUUAAAAUCGCAGCCGAUGCCAUAAUUGCCAUGUCAUCAUCAUCUGAAAUAAAAAAUCCUCGCAAUCAUCCUCCUCCAUCAUCGCCCGACCGUCUGACGUGGCUAGCUGAUGUCAUAAUUAUCCUUGCUGGCCAAAGUGGGUCCCACGAGCCCGUGCCCGACGCCGUGCCCGACGGAAUGGAUUACUUCGAGUACGCCACUCUGAAAUUGAAGGACGCGAAAGAGGAGGAAGAAGCUGAAACAAACUUGCUGCAUGGGCUGGAAGAAAAUCCGAGCGGAGGGGCAAAAUCGUCCGUACGGUCCAAAAAGGGGCGUCGGUCGAGGAAAGAUUUCCGGAGGGACGUGCUUCCGGGCCUCGUCACGCUGUCCCGAGUCGAGGUGAACGAGGAUUUUCAGGCUUUCGAGGAGCUGCUGAAGGGUGGUUGGGCCCGGCAGGCUGGGCCGACGAGGUGGGGCCCGCCGGCAAGGAGCUGGCGGAGAAGGAGGAGGCGUGUGGAGGCGGUUGGUUCGGGCCGGGCCCAGGAGAUCGAGCUUAUGGGAUGGGGGAAAAAGAGGCAGAGGUGUGCUGCUGCUGCUGCUGCUGCUAAUGGGCUUUGUGGGCCCAAAGUUUCUUGUGAAUAG